GACGUUUGUAAAUGGCAACCACCCAGUUGUCAUUUACGAAUCGGUUAUUAUAGAUUUUUUUAUAAAUAAAUUUAAUAAAAAUGAGUACGAAGACAGAAAAAGACAAGACAAAACAGUUGCAGGACAAAUGUCAAUCAGUUCUAAACGGUCUUCUUCGGGAUGAAGAUAACAAAUAUUGCGUGGAUUGCGACUCAAAAGGUCCGAGAUGGGCUUCCUGGAAUAUUGGAGUAUUCCUAUGUAUACGAUGUGCCGGAAUUCAUCGAAAUUUGGGGGUCCACAUUUCAAAAGUAAAGUCAGUCAAUUUAGACACGUGGACCCCAGAACAGGUGGUUUCCUUACAACAAAUGGGGAACUCCCGUGCCAGAGCAGUAUACGAGGCAAACCUCCCUGACAAUUUUCGGCGUCCACAGAACGAUUCUAGUCUUGAAUCGUUCAUCAGAGCAAAAUAUGAACACAAAAAGUACAUAGCCAGAGAAUGGGUGCCCCCAGCUUUGCCAAAAGUCAACUGGGAGAAAGAAAUCGAUGAGGAGAUCGAAAAACAGAAAAGAAAAAAGAAAACCGUCGUUGAAAAGAAACCCGUAGCUAACGUGGAAGUGCCCCAAUUGCCCAAACCUAAAAACCCCAGUCCCAAGCCAGGCCGUGUCACAAACACCCCAGAAGCAAAGAAAGAAAACGAUCUGUUAGGGUUACAAAACGGAGAAGACAGUUUUAGCGGCUUCUUAUCAGCUCCUACUGCAGAAAUAAAAAAAGAAGAUGACAAAUCAGCGAAAAGCGAAGAAGAGAGUUUCUUUAACCAAACCGCGCCAACAGAAAAAGAGAAAGUCAAACUCACGAAAGAUAGUAUUUUAGCACUUUAUAGUAGCACACCAACAAAUAACUUUAGCCAGUUCCAAAGUCAGUUGCCUUACCAAGGGAAUUACCCGCCGCAGAAUUUCCAAACUUUCGGAGGGUAUCCGCAGCAACCUGUGGGACAGUUCCCCCAAUGGGGGGCCCAGUCGCAGUUUCCUGUUCAGGGCCAAGUACCGGCAGCCCCUGUUACACAAUUCCCUGCGACUAACCAGUUCCAGAAGGGCCAAUUCGGUAAUUUCCCCAAUAAUCAGUUUCCCACAGGGGGACAGUUUGGACAAUUCCAGCCCGGUAUAAAUUCCGCGCAAACGCCAAAUCCGUUUUUUGCAAAUCAGAACGGUUUGCAACAACAGUUCGGCAAUUUGAGCUUAAAUAAUCCACCUGCUGCUAAUGUCGCGCCCACACUGGCUACUAAUAUAUGGCCGUGAAAAAUAACUUAAUAAAUAUUUAACUUAUCUCAGUUCUUUUCUCCUAUUUUGUUGCUCACUAUUAUAUGUUUCUAGUGAUAUUAUGAAAAGUGUCUAUUUUUUUAUUAUGUUUUCGGUAUGUGAGUUACAUUACAGAGCACCACGGUGUUUUAUCUGAUUUGUAAAUUAAAACUACAAAACGUUUUAUUGGGUGUUGCAAUAUUUUUACAUGAGAGGAUUUAUUCUAAAUAAAAUUAUUAAGUGCAUUGUAUAAACCCUGUAAUGUUAGAUGUUUCGAACGUUUUGCAUUUUUUCCUCUACCUCUAAGACUGUUGCAGGUUUUAUGUUAUGUAAGUUUGACACGAAAUUAUGUAUUAUUACAUUCUACUUUUUUAAUUGGAAAUACAUAAACAUUUUUAUUGCUUAUAUAUGUUGUAAGUAAAUUUAUGUCAAUACAUAAAAGAAUACGAAUAAAUUCAUUUAAAAUGCAA